CCUUGCAAGCAAGGUAACAAAGCAGCAUCCUGCCUCCACACACGUUUCGUCCCUAGCUAGUCACGAAUCCCAUCCAUCUCAGUGGGAGAUAACAAGUCGGUUCUGGACUCCUAACUCUCUCAACGACCCAUCAAAUUCCACCACUGUCCUUUGCUUCUAUCUCUGCUACUAGCUCCGAUGUCCCAUUGCAUCUUCGAUCUUCCCUGGGAUCCGUGUCCACCCAUUAACUUGAUUAGGCCUCCAGGAUUUCCAGAGCCGACCCUGGUCGAAGAAUUUCCUUGUCUAUGUGAGAAUGAACUUCCUGAUAGAGCUGGGCUUUACUUAAUAGCUUGAUGGGGAGAUUGAGUUUCCUGGCCCAUCUGGUGUCGAUCCUUCAUUCGCAGAGGUCCCGUCACUUCCCAGCCGACCGAGUAGCCGAUUUUCCACGGCCUCGCCUCAUCUCUUGCUGUGUUCGCUGCUAUCUCAACGCUUCGUGCGUCAUCGGCCACACACAUGGCAAGCGGUACAGGAGCGGGUGCCCACUCCGAAGACUUGAACCCUCAACCGCACAGGACUUGCUCUGUGCGAACAUUCUGCGAAAGCGUGGUUAAGGGCCCUCGCGCCGUCGAUGCCUCGAUUGAACGUUAUGGGGACCUUCGUGGCGUGUCACAUCG